UGGCGGCCAUCAAUAGCAGAUCAAAAUGUAAACAAACAAUCAAAAUUUUGUAUGUAAGUCGAUGUAAGUGAUCAGUAAUCAGAUAAGCAAAUAAGAUCAAUCAACAUGCUCAGAACUAAUACUGUUGUUAAAACCAUCUCUUCAAUGCGUCGGAGUUUGGCCCAAAGUCAAUGGUAUACUAGAUCAUAUGCGGUCGGAAACGUAAAUGUUAUAAAGAAAUAUACACCUCGUCGUGCAAUGAUGUAUGUUCCUGGGAAUGACUGGAAAAAGAUUAAUAAGAUUCCUUCCUUGGAAGCUGAUAGUUUUAUCCUGGACUGUGAAGAUGGUGUAGCUUUGAACCGGAAAGAAGAAGCCAGAAACAACAUUAAGAAAAUUUUCCAAGAACAAAUAUUUCCAGAAGGGAAAUCUGAAUUGUCUGUAAGAGUGAAUUCAAUAGACAGUGGUCUUUGCAAAGCAGAUUUAGAAGCUGUUCUGAAGGGCCCAAUUUUCCCAUCAACACUUCAUCUCCCCAAGAUGGAAUCGAAAAAUCAGCUUGAUUGGCUUGCGCAAGAACUAGAGUCCCUUCUGGGCAAGGAACAUAAUAUCAAAUUGAUUGUGUUUGUAGAGUCAGCCAGAUCUUUACUUGAUAUGAAGGAGCUCAUUCAACACAGUUUUACUUUGAUGAACCAAGGAGCACCUUUUACUCUAGAAGCUGCAAUAUUUGGUUCAGAUGACUUCUGUGCUGAUAUUGGUGCAACAAGAACACCAGAAGCCAAGGAACUUCUAUACUCCCGUCAGUAUUUUGUCACUUGUGCCAAAGCCUACCGUCUACAAGCGAUUGACUUGGUGUACAUCAAUUUCAAGGAUAUCGACGGUCUAUGGACCCAGUCAGUGGAAGGUGCUCAAAUGGGUUUCACGGGAAAACAGGUGAUACAUCCAAGCCAAAUUGAAGUGGUACAGCAGGCCUUCAGUCCAUCGAUUGAGAAGAUGCAAUGGGCUCGCGAACUCAUUCAAUCCUUUGAAGCACAUCAGCAGUCUGGAAAGGGCGCAUUCACCUUUCAUGGACACAUGAUCGACAUGCCUUUACUUCUACAAGCCAGAAACAUUCUUCAAAUGGCAGAAAAUCUCAACCAGUAAUAUUAAUACACAAUUUAUAUUUCAUA